UUGAAAGGGCUAUUUGAGGGCCAUCUAAAAUAUUGGGAAUACCGCCAUUGUUGGCAAAUCAGAGCUCAUUUGGACAUGUGUUAGCACAGAAAAAUAUUCAUUACAAAACAAACUCAAAAUUGGGAAUACACACCUUGCACAGGACAAACAUGGGCAUUAUGCUCAAAAGACGGUGAAGGCAGUCACCUGAUAGAAUUGUAUCAGAUUUCCAUCCUUUUCAACUCAUACAGGAUACCCAAUUGUCAAAAACAUGCAAAACCAACUAAAGUUGAACAUGGUUGAUGAAAUUUGAGCUCAGAAGUGUGAUUUUUUGUGAUGGAUCAUCAGCUUACAAAACUACCUCAAGUAGGUUAUGGCACAAAUCCAUACAGGGCAACCUCCAUGAUGCCUUUUGCUGCUUCUACGCAAGUUUACUGUCAGCAGCUUCAGGCAUUCUGGACGAACCAGAUGCAGGAAGUUGAGCGGACAGUGGAUUUCAAGGCUCAUAGCCUGCCUCUGGCAAGAAUCAAGAAAAUCAUGAAGGCAGAUGAGGAUGUGAAGAUGAUCUCUGCAGAGGCUCCAGUGGUAUUUGCCAAGGCCUGUGAGAUGUUCAUUCUAGAGCUCACUCUGAGGUCAUGGAUGCACACAGAGGAGAACAAGAGGAGAACUCUGCAGAAGAAUGACAUUGCUGCAGCCAUUGGUAGGACUGAUAUAUUUGAUUUCCUCGUUGAUAUUGUACCUAGAGAUGAGUUUAAGGAUGAUAGUGCGCUGGUCAUCCCAAGAGCCUCAGCAAUGCCUCUUGUGGGUUCCACUUCUGCUGUUGAUAAUGUGCCCAUGGCGUCAUCAUACUAUUAUGUUUCACAACCAUCCCCUUCUGUGGCCAUGAGUGGUGGUUAUAUGUCUCCUCCCCUUCCUCUUCCUCAGCAAGUUUGGCCUAAGGCACCUGGACCUCCUCCUCCCCAUACUAGCACAUAAUGAAAUACCCUUUUUUCUGAGAAUAUGAUUCAGGAAGGUGAGCCGACGCCUGAGCCAACAAUCAGUUGACCAUCCUGAAAUAAAUCUGUGCAUGUUCUGUCUGGUUAUUAUGUUUAUGGCAGAAACAGUUUUUUAA